AUGGCCCACCCGCCACAGUCGAGCGACGAGGUCUUUCAGGCGCUCGCACACGCUCUCUCGCCGGAUCCGACGCACCGCCAGCACUCGCUCGACCUCCUGCAGCGAUGGGCGACCAUGCCAGGCUACUACUCGUUUCUGGUCGGCGUCUUCGCGCAGCGGGAAGGCGUUCCGCGCGAGAUACGGUUGCAGGCUGCGGUGCAGUUCAAGAACGGCCUCGACAAGUACUGGCGGAGGGGUGCUCCAAAGGGUGUUCACGCUGACCUCUCUUCUCCUCAAUCCAGCGGUAUCUCGGCGGAAGAGAAGGAGUCGAUCCGGCCACGGCUACUUGAGAUGGUCGAUGAGCGAGAUCACGUCCUCGCGGUAGCCGUCGCUUCGUCCAUAGCCAAGGUCGCAGGCUAUGAUUACGACCAAGACUGGAAGGUCCUCCCGCACGCCUUGCUCUCUUCCCUUCAAACCGGCCUCUCCCAUCCUGAUCCUGCGACCGGCCGGCUCGUCCUCGCACGCACGCUCCUCUUUCUCCACGCCGUCAUCAAAGCACUUUCGGCCAAGCGCAUGCCGCGCGGACGCGCAAACAUAAUGCGACUCGCCGAGCUGCUCUUCUCUCCGCUUCGACAAUUGCACGAGCAAGUCCUGCAGCAAGCGGUGCAGCGAUUGCAAGCGGAGGGCUUGGCGGCGUCUGAGAGUGACGUAGGAGUACCGGAGGAGAUCGAGAGCGCCAUGCUUGCGUUCAAAACGCUGCAGUACCUGCUCCUCUACGGAUGCACCGACUCGCACGUGGCCGCGGAAGCACGAGACUUCUUCACGUCCAGCCUUUCGACCUUCUCGUCUCUCCUCACCCUUCGCCUCACGCGCCUCCAGUCAUCCCAAACCGUCUCCGCUUCUCCUCGCCUCACCUUCCUCACGCGGCACGUCGUCAAGUUUGGCAAAAUGCACCGAACGCUCUUGAGAGACUUUCCGGGCCGUUUCACCGACAUGGGUGCCUCGGAACGGAUCCUCGAGCUGUACUACCAGAUUGUGCUUGGCGCGGUCGCCGAUGUGCGGAAUAACGUCUCAGACGAUGUUACGGCGCUCUACCCAACUCGCCUGGUCGUCCAGGCUCUCCUCCUCGUCAAGUCGCUCCUCGGCGACUGGGACGGCCGAGCUCCCCUUGACCCCCCAGAAGGAUUCGUCGAGCAAUUCACCGAUCUUCUCGUCAAGCAGCUGCUCCCGCUGCGGCAGGAUGACUUGGAGAAGUGGCAGGAAGACCCGGAGGAGUGGAUGAAUGAGGAGGAGAUGGAGCGGUGGGAGUUCGACCUGCGGCCGUGCGCGGAGAACGUGCUGAAGGCGCUGGCGAGUGUGCAGCGCGAGAAGGUCGGCCCAAUCCUUGUCCAGCUGCUGCAAAGCGUCGCCAACCCACAGACGAUGGACGAGCUGCUGCUGAAGGAGGCCGUCUACACCGCAGUCGGGCGGAGUCCGAGCGAGCUCGAACCGUACAUCCCGUUCGAAGACUGGCUGCGGAAUACACUCGCAGCGGAGUGCGCUGGCACCGACCUGACCUACCGAAUCAUUCGCCGCCGAGUCGCCUGGCUGCUCGGGCAAUGGGUCGGCGAAGACAUCGCUGGCUCGUCUCGACCACAGAUCUACAGCCUCCUUGUUCACCUGCUCGGCCGCAACGAUUCGACCGACACCGCCAUCCGCCUCACUGCCGCCCGCAGUCUCGCCAAGUGCGACACCUGGGACUUUGACCGUACCGUCUUUGUCCCGCUGCUGCCGAAGGCGAUUGAGGAGAUUGUCCAGCUGCUGAGCGAGGUCUCCUUGACUGACUCAAAGAUGCGCUUGAAUGAGACUCUCGGCGUGGUCAUCGACCGAGUCGGUCCAGAGAUCGCUCCUUACGCGGAGCAGCUCGCCGUCAUCUUGACGCAGCUUUGGCAGGCCGCCGACGAGAACCACUUCCAGGCUUCCGUCCUGGUCACGUUUACCAAGUUGGCCGAGGCGCUUGACGCAGGAUCGCAGGUGUUGCAGUCGCAAGCUUGCCCAAUCAUCCGUCACAGUGUUGACCCUUCCCAACCCGCACACGUCUACCUCAACGAAGACGGUCUCGAGCUCUGGCAAAUCCUCCUUCGCCGGUCCUCGUCACUUUCCGCCGAUAUGCUCGGCCUCCUCCCCAUCCUCGUCGCGCUUCUCGGUACCGGCAUGGACAUCCUGCCACGAUGCCUGCUCAUUCUCGAGUCCUAUCUCCUCCUUGACGCCACGGCGGUCCUGUCGCUCUGCGCGAACGAAGUCUUCACCGCCGUGCAAGAUCUUCUCGACGGACUCAAGCUCGAAGCCGUCAAGGUCAUCCUACACGCCCUCAACACGGUUUUCCAGCUUGCUCCGCCUGCCAUGUGGGCGGGUCCGCUCGAUGCGUCAGGCUGCUUCGCUGCGUUCGUCAAGGCUAUUUCGGCGAACGAUCACUCCGCCUUGAUCGUGUCAAAGUACCUCUGCUCCAUCUCGCGCAUCAUCCUCGCCAGCCCCGAAACCUUCCACACCCUCGUCGCGGCAUCCGCCUCUCGCCUUAGCGCCACUCCCGACCAAAUCGUCGAGCUCGUCAUGACGCAGUUCAUUGAGCGGCUCGACAAUCUGUCGCAGGGCGCGCAGCGCAAGCUUGUCGCCCUCGCUCUCGCGCACCUCGUCGCGACGACCAAUCCGGUCAUUCUUGGACGCAUGGCCGACCUCGUCUCGCUAUGGUCGAGCGUGCUCGCACAGACGGAAGAGUCGGAGAGCGGGGACGCCGAUUUGUAUCACUACGAGGACUACCAGAGCGACGUGGAGCAGGACUGGACGGAGACGCUCGAGACAAAGCGGCGGCAGGAGAUGCAACGGCGGGACCCAAUCCGAGCGAGCAACCUGAAGAUGGUGAUUCGGCAGAAGUUAGGCGAGGCGCAGGCUUUGAGCGGCGGCGAGGAGGCGUUCCGGCAACAGUGGCUCGACUCGUCCAAGGUCGACCCGCUGCUCAUUGAGGAUCUUGUAAACCGGCUCGAGGGAAGGUUGGCGGGUUGA